UGCACCCGGCGCCCUGCACCCCUCCCUCCCUGCCUGCCUGCCUCCCUGCCUCCCUCCCUCCGGCCCUCGGCCGCCACCAUGUCCCACCAGACCGGCAUCCAAGCCAGUGAAGAUGUUAAGGAGAUCUUUGCCAGAGCAAGAAAUGGAAAAUACAGACUUUUACAAAUAUCUAUCGAAAAUGAGCAACUUGUAGUUGGAUCUUCCAGUGAGCCCGCCGAAUCCUGGGAGAAGGAUUACGAUGCCUUCGUUCUACCCCUGCUAGAAGACAAGCAACCUUGCUACAUACUGUACAGGCUAGAUUCUCAAAACGCCCAAGGAUACGAAUGGGUCUUCAUCGCCUGGUCACCGGAUCACUCUCAUGUUCGUCAGAAAAUGUUGUAUGCAGCGACACGAGCCACCCUGAAAAAGGAGUUUGGAGGAGGCCAUAUUAAAGAUGAAGUGUUUGGAACCGUAAAGGACGAUAUUUCGUUAAACGGAUAUAGAAAAUAUUUGCUAUCCCAGUCCUCUCCUGCCCCACUGACUGCCGCUGAGGAAGAGCUACGACAAAUUAAAAUUAAGGAGAACCCAGAGGACCGUAAUGUGGUACAGACUGACAUUGGCGUAGACACUAAGCAUCAGACACUACAAGGAGUAGCAUUUCCAAUUUCAAGAGACGCUCUUGAGGCUUUGGAAAAAUUGAACAAUAAGCAGCUCAACUAUGUGCAGUUGGAAGUAGAUAUAAAAAAUGAGAUCAUCAUUUUGGCCAACACGACAAAUACGGAGCUUAAAGACUUGCCAAACCGGAUUCCAAAGGAUUCAGCCCGCUAUCAUUUCUUCUUGUAUAAGCAUUCCCACGAAGGAGACUAUCUGGAGUCUAUAGUUUUUAUUUACUCGAUGCCCGGGUACACGUGCAGCAUAAGAGAACGAAUGCUGUAUUCCAGCUGCAAAAGCCCUCUGCUAGAAAUUGUGGAAAGAAAACUGCAGAUGGAAAUAAUUAGAAAGAUUGAAAUCGAUAAUGGGGAGGAACUGACUGCAGAUUUUCUUUACGAAGAAGUUCACCCGAAGCAGCACGCACAUAAGCAAAGUUUUGCUAAGCCCAGAGGUCCUGCGGGGAAGAGAGGCAUCCGAAGAUUAAUCAGGGGACCAGCAGAAGCCGAAGCCACCACGGAUUAAAAGCCGUUCCGGGGGCUGGUAACGUUAAACUUCCCGGGACUAGGUGACAAACAAUCCAGCUUUGAGUACCGAAGAACCGAAAUCAUUCCACAUCGAUGUCUGUUAGAAAAACAAAACAAAAAAAAACAACUUGUAAUCUUUUUUAAUAGGACUUCUAGCUGAUGAUGUGUUUUUAAAGUCGUGUAUGGAAGAACUUUGAUUCCUACUGUUUUUCAGUUGCAACCAAAUGAAAUGUAAGUUAGUGACAUUGACUUUUUAGCACAUUAUUGGGUAGAACAUGGAACCCUUUCACCCGCUCCUUUUUCAGAAUCUCCUUGAUGAUUUCCAUGAUUCUCACAGUUUUUACUAUUGGGCCCAAAGCUAGCUAGUUUAGAGGUCCAAGUUAAAAAAAAAAAAAAAAUCAUUUUUAUCAGCCUCAAAAAAUAGUGUGCUUUGCUUUCUUUUUUAGCACCUAAUAGGCCAUGCCGUGGUUUUCAAGCAAAAACUAGAAAUAAUAUAAAACCUGGCAAUUAGCAGUGUUUAGUGCAAUUGUCAGCUUAUUUUCCACAUUGAAAAUGUAGUGUUCCCAAGCCUUCUGGGAGCGGGGAGCAGAAGUCAUUAAGAAUCCUCUCUUUCCCGCCUCUUGGACUUUAAGGGUCACGCCUUGUCAAUAAAAUGUACAAACACAGGAUAAGUUCCUCACCUUUUAAAAAAAAAAAAAGAUAUAUUCUCUUCUGGUUAUAUACUUGCCUAAUGCAAGCAUUUUCUUUUUGAGCCUCGCUUUAAAUACUGCUUUUUAAAAAGCAAAUCAAAAUGAAAAAUGGUCUGCUUGGCUAUAAACCAUUUAUCUGCGUUUUGCUGUCCUGGGCUGUCUAAACAAAUAUUUUGAGCCUAACUCUUCAGUACUUGAAAUUUAGAAGGACUAAGAACACUCCGUCACAUGUGAUCUGCAGCAAGAGCCAUGCUUGUCCACUAGGUUAGUUUUCUUCAUCAACUGAGGUGAGCUAGCAGUGGGAACUCCUGGGUUUAGACAUCCCUUAUACUGUUUAAGAAGAAUAUUAAAAGCCCAAAUUCCAUAGCCCGCAAAAGGAAACCCUCGAUUCACCUGAAAGUUUCAAGCAGUACAUGAUUUGCUGAAGCUAUUUAAGUGCACCUUUUGUGAGAAUGACCCACCGGAUAAACGAAUUGCUUUUGGAUUGAAUUUAAAAGAUAAUUGUGUAGGGGAGUUUUGUUUGUUUACAGAUGAGCGUAUAAUCACAUUUCUAUUAAGGUGCCAUAUCCCUUAUGGCAUCACUGCACUGUUCAUUCAUGCACAUCAAAGACUGUAUUCUGAUUUUUGUUUCUUGGGGACAAAAGUUGACUUGACAUAAAACUACCCCAUCUGAGUUGUAGCAUUACAUUCCAUGAGGAAGAAUCACUGGUAGAACAGCCUGCCACCUUAGUAACACAAUUGUUCAGUCAUAGGUGUUUUUCAGCAUUUUCCAGAUUAAAAGCACACUACAGUGUAUCAAAAUUGCCAUUCCAGAAGGUAUACUUUGUUUAAAAAAAAAAAAAAAAAAAAGAAGUCUUACGGAGUCACUGUGAUUGCUGAGAAUCAGCGUUCUGAUCGCGAUGGAGCUUACGUGAAAUGUUUGAAGUGUUUGAGCUCGCGUCCCCCAAAUGACAAACCCGUAGAAAACCGCCCCCACCCUUCUGCCCAAAUUAAUACAAUAAAGAUUUGCAUCCCUUCUACGAAAGUAUUAUCUCUGUACUUUCUAUGUCAACGGUUCCAUUUGUGAUUUUCUUCUGCUUUCUAAAAUCUCUCUCUUCCACUCUGGAUCAUUAAUCCUCAACUUCAGAUUUGUUUUGUCCAUCUUGCAUCCUGAGACGAGGAUUUUUUUGGUGCCAGUGGGCCUGGCAUAGUUCUGGUCUUGGGUAUUAAACUACAUCUAUCUACACCCCAA